CGUAUGUAAUGUUCAAUAUGAAGACAGGCACUUUCGUCUUCGUCUUUAUUGUUCAUUGCCUAGUCCUGCCCGAAAGGACCCAAUGUGUGACACAAUUGUUUGCCAAGAUCCCCGAGAAUACUGCUGUUGGAGAACAAGUUAUCCGCGUUCAGACGACAACACUGGCGGCCAAGGAGGAAGUUUUGUGUAAUAUCACUGACGGGAACAUUCACGGGCGCUUCCGUGUGGAUCACUGUGUGAUCGAAGUAGCCCGUCCCUUAGACUUUGCUAUAAAUGGAAAGUAUACUUUGACGGUAAAAGUUGCUGGAGCAUUCGAGGUAUGUCACGUGGAUGUGGACGUCGAGGACGUUGAAGGCUAUCCCCCUAUUUAUAAUGACACCUGCGAAAUGCCCGUCCGAAGCCAUGUAAGCAAAGACAGGAAACAAGGUCAUCCUGCUUUCAAUGUGGACGUUACAAGUGAGUUCAUGGGAAAGACUGGAGGGAUUAUCCCUCAUAGAUUUAAUACCAAAAAUGUCCCGAACGGUCGUCACCCAUACUCAAGAACUGUUCAAGGUUACAGCAACGAUGACUGUCUCGUUGGGGUUAUGAUUGCUGCUCACCAUCCGAAAGAUGUGAGAACCCUGAACGGUUUGUGGAUCACAAAUAAUGGAUGCCUUAGAUGUUUUCACUCACAGGACCCCGGAUAUGUCCUGGACUUUGUACUUCUUAACAAUGGUGAAUAUCAUUGUCCCCUUUCAAAGGACCUGGAUUUUAAUCAUAUGUCUCAUUUCUGGAGAAAACACAAGUACAUUUUGUUUGGAUCUUUUAUAUUCCAGUCUUCUAAAACACAGCAUUUCUUUUGCGAACUGCCACAAGAUGGGCUUUCUUUGCUGAUCAGUCGAGAUGGCAAUGACUUUGAUGAAAUCCUCGCAACUCACGCAGAAUUAGAGUUCCAGCCUGUCGGGUGUCCGCCGAAUAAAUACGGUCCGACCUGUGACCAGAACUGCACCUGUGAGAACGGUGCCCGUUGUCAUGGUUUGAGCGGGGCCUGUAAGUGCCAACCUGGGUGGCAAGGUGUCGUCUGCGACAUACCUCACAGCACCGUGGUCAUCACUGUGACCCCUAGCGACUCCCCACACAUUUAUAUCAAUGGUUCGUUGGUAUUACAUUGCAGAUAUUUUCAUAUGGAGAUCAAGAAGAUGAUAUGGAUAUUUCCCAACGGAACAAAAAGAUGGCUACAGAAGACUCAAGAAGAUCAAGUAAAAAUAGAAAGUAUACAGUCUGAGCACAACGGUACCUACAGAUGCACCGUUAUUACGGAAGAUGGAGUGCUCGUUAACGCAAGUUAUGAACUUCGGGCAGUCGCUUGUCCUCCCGGCAAAAUGGGUGAAUUUUGUGAAGACGUGUGUAACUGUCUACAUGGUGCCAGCUGUGACCGGUGGUCUGGUUGUGUCUGUCCCUCUGGAUGGACAGGAACAUUUUGUCAGACGCCAUGCCCCGUCGGAACGUACGGACAGGAUUGCAGCAGUGAGUGCCAUUGUCAGAAUGCCGUCUGCGAUCCUACCGAUGGUCGGUGUAACUGCACCGAGGGAUGGUACGGUAGGGAUUGCUUAAACCCAUGUUCUAAUGGUCUGUAUGGAUGGAGAUGUCGGUAUAUCUGUGGUUGUAAGAACAACGCCACCUGUCACCACGUGGAUGGAAGCUGCAAAUGCAUGUCGCCCUGGGCUGGACAGUGGUGUGACGUCGUCCAAACGGGCAUAUCUCCUUUGCUUCACAUUCUUAUAUCACUUUUCAUAUCAACUCUGCUUAUCUCUGUGGUAUUGUUGGCGCUUCACAAGUGGAAGAGAGCUACUCGAAUCGGACAAGAUGAGGGUGUAGAGGAGACACAGGCUCUGCUUGAACUGAGAGGUAAAGAAGAAGACCUGGCACAGAGUUUGCAGCCGGGCUGGCUCAACCGAUGGGAAAGGAGCGCCGACGAUCUGACCCUUGAUGAACUGAUCGGGCUAGGCACGUUCGCACAUGUCAGGAAAGGGUACCUUCGCAUUGAUGGCGUGGACACCAUUGUAGCGGUCAAGUCCGUGAGAGGAGAAGACAGAUUGUGUUAUCGAGCCUUUUGUCGCGAAGCCGCCAUACUGAUAGCAGUACACGAACAAGGCAGAGCUGGAACCGGUGCUUCUAACAUCAUCAAAUUGUUGGGGGUCAUCACAAAGUCCAGACCGAAGUGUAUACUCUUGGAAUAUGCGGCAAAACACGAUCUUUUGGCAUUCAUAAAGCAGCAAGCUGGACAUGAUGUCGUCCUUCCCCUGGGCAGCCUUCUGCGCUAUGCCGUCCACAUAUCGCACGCCUUGCAAGAGCUCCGACAUCUCCGUAUCGCUCACGGUGACGUGGCCGCUCGAAAUGUUCUGAUCACCGAAGAUGACGUCGCCAAACUUUCUGAUUUCGGUUUAGCCCAUGACGUCUACACUGCUACUACGUACGUGUCAUCAGCCAAGAAAGAUGAAGACGAACUCUUGCCUCUCAAGUGGAUGGCUCUGGAAUCCCUGGAAUCUCGCGAGUUCACGUGCGAAAGCGACGUGUGGUCGUUCGGUGUGCUACUGUGGGAAAUCGUCACCUAUGGCGAGGAGCCCAUCUACGAGCAUAACAUGCAGCUGAGCUGCCCUAAGCUAGUAGGGAUCUUGAGGCGGGGGAUUCGACUGCAGAAGCCGCCCGAAUGUCCCAGAAAGCUUUAUGGUGUAAUGAUGGCGUGUUGGUCGGAGGAGCCGUCAACCAGACCUACACCAGAGGAACUGGAGCACAGACUAACAGAAUGUCGCCAUGACAUAGACCCUUUAUUUGUAGUUGAGAAGGAGACUACGCUUUAGAAAACGGUGACGAGUACAAUGUAUUUUCAUAUGUGUAUAUAUUCCUUUUGAAUUUAGGAGACUGUACUGUGCUAUUGACCUAACAGAGGUGGCCACGACUAAACAUCAUUGGAUUCUAGGCCAUCUAAUCGCCCAUGACCCUUCUUAUGUUGUAUGCUGUGGUGGAGACAAAGUUAUGCUUAUAGAACUUUUGAUUGUCAUGUAUGGCUGACUUACAUGUGAUGAGAUGAAUACUUGCUUGUGUUCUACCUUGUAUUCUUAGUAACCGUUAUGCUUAGUACAAUCAUUGCCAUCAUCGAUCUUCCUCCUUAACGGUUAGUCAUUCAUUUAUUCUUAAAAUGUAACGUUACUAAGUUAUUUGAUCAAAUGUUUUUACCAAAAAUCAUUUUAGUCCUUUGUAAUUGUAUUACCUGCACGUGACUUUGACGCGAG